AAAGCCUUUGUUACGUUGUGUGGGAAUCAAUCGGGUAUGAAGCCUGUAGAGUACACGACUCUUCAUUAGUUCAAGAUAACGAUAACUGUAUAACGAAGGGGGGUAACUCAUAUCGGAGUGUAGUUUAUCAGCUGUUUCGGGUAGUCACAAAAGCGGAAGUUAUAUAUAUAGUAACACAAGUCACGGGUCAAAGUGAUCGAAAAGCCACGAAAACAAAACCGGUGUUGUUUGUUUAUAGUGAUGGACGCGGCUGAUAAAUAUCAGUGAUUGACAUCUUCCGAUUCUCCUUCGUUCAAUCACUCAGCUCGUUAGUACAGAUUGAUAAAUGCCCACACGACGCCAGUUUGCAGUGCAGGAGGCGCAGAAAGACAUUGUGUGCUUCAAACUGCUGGGCACUGGACAAUGACACCUGGUAUUUUCAACGUCUGUUGUAAUACAAGGAAGUGACAGAUCCAUGGGAUUUAUUGAGCAUAUGGAAAUAACAGAGGACUGACGGAAGCAUGGACGUCUUGGACCAGGACCAGUUCCAGUUUGAGGCCACCAAUCACGGGGAUGUACUGCUGGCAGGGCUGAGACACCUGCGAGACAAACAUCAACUCUUUGAUGUGACGCUGGUUGUGGACAAACUAGAGUUACCUGCCCAUAGGGUGGUGUUGGCGUCAUGCAGUGACUACUUUAGGGCCAUGUUCACCGAUGGCCUAAAGGAGUGCAGACAGAAGCGGAUUGUGUUGAAUGGUGUCACUGCUCGGGGAAUGAAGAAUCUGCUGGAUUUCGCUUACACAUCAAAGAGUAACAUUGAUAGUGACAAUGUGGCUGACGUGCUGGGUGCGGCAACCCAUGUCCAAAUUCUGCCUGUGAUUGAUGCCUGUGAGGACUUCCUGCGGUCUCACCUGUCCCUUGACAACUGUGUGGACGUGGCCAGUGUGGCUGACCUGUACUGUCUGCAGCCCCUGCAGCAACAUGUGCAGCAGUAUAUCUGCAAACACUGGACCACCUUCACGAUGUCCACCUACUUCCACAGUAUGGGUCAGCAGGCACUGGUCAAUGUGCUGGCCUCAGGCUUCCCCGUCAACUGCUCCGAGCUGGAGGUCCUCCUGGCUGUCCUCAGUUGGGUCAAGUACUCUCCGGAGGAGAGACUGACCAUGGCUGAGAAUAUCCUUGCACAUGUUCAGUUCCAUAACAUCUCGGAGGAAAGCCUCAAGGAUAUGCUGGAGAAAAAGGAGUGGAAGGAUAUGAUGCUUGCAGUACCCUGCUUGGAGAAGAUGAACACAAGAUUUCAGAAGGAGGCCAGGAAUCAUAGACUUGACAUCUGUGAUGGUACUUUAGGGCACAAUGUCAGUAGAGAGGUUCAUGGUAUUACGAAUAUGCGGGGUUUCCAUGAAACAGUAUUGGUAGCUGGCGGGUUCAGCGCAGAUUCAGGAAUGACCAAUAAUAUUUGGUAUUAUGAAGAAGAAAAGGAUUUAGCUUCUUUGAAGUAUUUAACCAGAAUACCUCAUGUAGACCAGUGCAACUUUGGCAUGGCUGUUCUCCACAACCAGCUGUAUGUGAUUGGUGGAUGUUUUAACGAUCAGUUUGAUGAAGUUAUUCAUCCAUAUGGCUUCCGUUAUGACCCUUCCAAGAGUGAGUGGGACAGCAUUACUCCCAUGAAUCAUGAACGAUGCCGAUUUUAUCUUGGGGUGACAGAAGGCUAUCUUUAUGCAAUAGGGGGUGACCCACAAGCAUCUGAUCUCACACUUGAUGGAGCCCCCUGUGAACGAUAUGACCCAAAAUCUAAUUCCUGGCAGGAUAUUGAGCCAGUGCCCGGCAACCGGACCCAGCAUGCAGGCGUUGCUGCAGGACAGUUCUUGUAUGUGUCCGGAGGUCAGCAGGAGACUGAUGGGGAAAUACUGAAUGACCUCCUGCGGUACGACACCCACAGUAAUACCUGGGAGAGGUGUGCUUCAUUACGGUCUCCACGUGUUGAUCACACCAUGUUCUUCUUCAAUGGUCAAGUAUAUAUAAUUGGAGGUUGGACCUAUGACCAAACAAACCACCAAAGAGAGAUGGUGUCUUCCAUUGACUGUUACCACUCGGACACGGACUCCUGGCAACAAGUGGCAACUCUCAAUGAAACACGUCUCUAUGCAACAUACACUCUUUUUGACAGCGUAAUCUAUGUCAUUGGGGGAUGGCAAGGGGGAGAUUACCGCUUCAAAAGUAGGUUUGUGGACUGUUUGGAUCUGAAGACAAGACAAUGGAAGGACAAGAAGAAUCAGUCCCUAGAGAUGUGGGAGCACAACUCCUGCAGCCUGUACCUGCCUAAACUGGUAAAACCCUGACCCUGUAAUCCUGGUCUCACCCAGCAGACUGUACCUGCCUAAACUGGUACAACCCUGACCCUGUUAUCCUGGUCUCACCCAGCAGACUGUACCUGCCUAAACUGGCACAACCCUGACCCUGUAAUCCUGGUCUCACCCAGGAGACUGUACAUGCCUAAACUGGCACAACCCUGGCUCUGUAAUCCUGGUCUCCCCCAGCAGACUAUACCUGCCUAAACUGGCACAACCCUGAUCCUGUAAUCCUGGUCUCACCCAGCACACUGUACCUGCCUAAACGGAUACAACCCUGAACCUGUACCUUACUCCUGGUCUCACCCAGGAGACUGUACCUGCCUAAAAUGGCACAACCCUGACCCUGUAAUCCUGGUCCUACCCAGCAGACUGUACCUGCCUAAACUGGCACAACCCUGACCCUGUAAUCCUGGUCCUACCCAGCAGACUGUACCUACCUAAACUGGCACAACCCUGACCCUGUAAUCCUGGUCUCACCCAGCAGACUGUACAUGCCUAAACUGGUACAACCCUGAUCCUAUAAUCCUGGUCUCACCCAGCAGACUGUACCUGCCUAAACUGGUACAACCCUGACCCUAUAAUCCUGGUCUCACCCAGCAGACUGUACCUGCCUAAACUGGUACAACCCUGACCCUGUAACUUACUCCUGGUCUCACCCAGCAGACUGUACCUGCCUAAACUGGCAAAACCCUGACCCUGUAAUCCUGGUCUCACCCAGCAGGCUGUACCUGCCUAAACUGGCACAACCCUGACCCUGUAAUCCUGGUCUCACCCAGCAGACUGUACAUGCCUAAACUGGUACAACCCUGAUCCUAUAAUCCUGGUCUCACCCAGCAGACUGUACCUGCCUAAACUGGUACAACCCUGACCCUGUAACUUACUCCUGGUCUCACCCAGCAGACUGUACCUGCCUAAACUGGCAAAACCCUGACCCUGUAAUCCUGGUCUCACCCAGCAGGCUGUACCUGCCUAAACUGGCACAACCCUGACCCUGUAAUCCUGGUCUCACCCAGCAGACUGUACCUGCCUAAACUGGUACAACCCUGACCCUGGAACUUACUCCUGGUCUCACCCAGCAGACUGUACCUGCCUAAACUGGCAAAACCCUGACCCUGUAAUCCUGGUCUCACCCAGCAGGCUGUACCUGCCUAAACUGGUACAACCCUGACCCUGUAACUUACUCCUGGUCUCACCCAGCAGACUGUACCUGCCUAAACUGGCAAAACCCUGACCCUGUAAUCCUGGUCUCCCCCAGCAGACUACCUACCUAAACUGGCACAACCCUGACCCUGUAAUCCUGGUCUCACCCAGCAGACUGUACAUGCCUAAACUGGUACAACCCUGAUCCUAUAAUCCUGGUCUCACCCAGCAGACUGUACCUGCCUAAACUGGUACAACCCUGACCCUAUAAUCCUGGUCUCACCCAGCAGACUGUACCUGCCUAAACUGGUACAACCCUGACCCUGUAACUUACUCCUGGUCUCACCCAGCAGACUGUACCUGCCUAAACUGGCAAAACCCUGACCCUGUAAUCCUGGUCUCACCCAGCAGGCUGUACCUGCCUAAACUGGUACAAUCCUGACCCUGUAAUCCUGGUCUUACCCAGCAGACUGUACCUGCCUAAACUGGCACAACCCUGACCCUGUAAUCCUGGUCCUACCCAGCAGACUGUACCUGCCUAAACUGGCACAACCCUGGCUCUGUAAUCCUGGUCUCCCCCAGCAGACUGUACCUGCCUAAACUGGCACAACCCUGACCCUGUAAUCCUGGUCUCACCCAGCAGGCUGUACCUGCCUAAACUGGCACAACCCUGACCCUGUAAUCCUGGUCUCACCCAGCAGACUGUACCUGCCUAAACUGGCACAACCCUGACCCUGUAAUCCUGGUCUCACCCAGCAGACUGUACCUGCCUAAACUGGUACAACCCUGACCCUGUAACUUACUCCUGGUCUCACCCAGCAGACUGUACCUGCCUAAACUGGCAAAACCCUGACCCUGUAAUCCUGGUCUCACCCAGCAGGCUGUACCUGCCUAAACUGGUACAAUCCUGACCCUGUAAUCCUGGUCUUACCCAGCAGACUGUACCUGCCUAAACUGGCACAACCCUGACCCUGUAAUCCUGGUCCUACCCAGCAGACUGUACCUGCCUAAACUGGCACAACCCUGGCUCUGUAAUCCUGGUCUCCCCCAGCAGACUGUACCUGCCUAAACUGGCACAACCCUGACCCUGUAAUCCUGGUCUCACCCAGCAGGCUGUACCUGCCUAAACUGGUACAAUCCUGACACUGUAAUCCUGGUCUCCCCCAGCAGACUAUACCUGCCUAAACUGGUACAACCCUGACCCUGUAAAAUGGUCUCACCCAGCAGACUGUACCUGCCUAAACUGGCACAACCAUGACCCUGUAACUUACUCCUGGUCUCACCCAGCAGACUGUACCUGCCUAAACUGGCACAACCCUGACCCUGUAAUCCUGGUCUCACCCAGAAGACUGUACCUGCCUAAACUGGCACAACCCUGACCCUGUUACUUACUCCUGGUCUCACCCAGCAGACUGUACCUGCCUAAACUGGCACAACCCCGACCCUGUAAAAUGGUCUCACCCAGCAGACUGUACCUGCCUAAACUGGCACAACCCUGACCCUGUAACUUACUCCUGGUCUCACCCAGCACUGUGGCACUAGACAAUCCUGUGUAUUCACAAGCAUGAUGAUGAUGAUGUAGUGUUGUUACUGUUUGUUUAUUGUUUGAGUGGUUAUGUUGUAAUUUAUACCUUCAUUGUUCUAUUAUGCUACUUAGUGUUCUCUUCAUGAAGUGUUCUGCAGUAAUGUUCAUGGAUGACUUGUCUCAUUGCCUCUCAUUAUGGCCCAGUAAUUGUUUGUCUCCAGUCCUCUUCCUUUUACCUCAUUUGACUGUAUGCACGGACAUGUAGGACAGCAUGCAAGGAUACAUAGGGCUGCACGCAUGAAGACAUUUAACUGCAUGCUUGAUCACAUGGGCCUGCAUGCUUGGUCACAUGGGUCUGCAUGCUUGAUCACAUGGGUCUGCAUGCUUGAUCACAUUGGUCUGCAUGCUUGAUUACAUGGGUCUGCAUGCUUGGUCACAUGGGUCUGCAUGCUUGAUCACAUGGGUCUGCAUGCUUGGUCACAUGGGUCCGCAUGCUUGAUCACAUGGGUCUGCAUGCUUGGUCACAUGGGUCUGCAUGCUUGAUCACAUUGGUCUGCAUGCUUGAUCACAUGGGUCUGCAUGCUUGAUCACAUGGGUCUGCAUGCUUGAUCACAUUGGUCUGCAUGAUGAGUCUGCAUGCUUGAUCACAUGGGUCUGCAUGAUGAGUCUGCAUGCUUGUCACAUUGGUCUGCAUGCUUGAUCACAUUGGUCUGCUUGCUUGGUCACAUGGGUCUGCAUGCUUGGUCACAUGAGUCUGCAUUCUUGGUCACAUGGGUCUGCAUGCUUGAUCACAUAGGUCUGCAUGCUUGGUCACAUGGGUCCUCAUGCCUGAUCAUAUGGGUCUGCAUGCUUGAUCAUAUGGGUCUGCAUGCUUGGUCACAUGAGUCUGCAUGCUUGGCCACAUAGGUCUGCAUGCUUGAUCACAUUGGUCUGCAUGAUGAGUCUGCAUGCUUGAUCACAUGGGUCUGCAUGAUGAGUCUGCAUGCUUGUCACAUUGGUCUGCAUGCUUGAUCACAUUGGUCUGCUUGCUUGGUCACAUGGGUCUGCAUGCUUGGUCACAUGAGUCUGCAUUCUUGGUCACAUGGGUCUGCAUGCUAUGUCACAUGUGUCUGCAUGCUUGAUCACAUGGGUCUGCAUGCUUGGUCAUAUGGGUCCUCAUGCCUGAUCAUAUGGGUCUGCAUGCUUGAUCAUAUGGGCCUGCAUGCUUGGUCACAUGAGUCUGCAUGCUUGGCCACAUGGGUCUGCAUGCUUGAUCACAUGGGUCUGCAUGCUUUGUCACAUGGGUCUGCAUGCUUGAUCACAUGGGUCUGCAUGCUUGGUCACAUGGGUCUGCAUGCUUGGUCACAUGAGUCUGCAUGCUUGAUCAUAUGGGUCUGCAUGCUUUGUCACAUGGGUCUGCAUGCUUGGCCACAUCGGUCUGCAUGCUUGAUCACAUGGGUCUGCAUGCUUGGUCACAUGUGUCUGCAUGCUUGAUCACAUGGGUCUGCAUGCUUGAUCAUAUGGGUCUGUAUGCUUGGUCACAUGAGUCUGCAUGCUUGGUCACAUGGGCCUGCAUGCUUGCUCAUAUGGGUCUGCAUGCUUGAUCAUAUGGGUCUGCAUGCUUGAUCACAUGGGUCUGCAUGCUUGAUCAUAUGGGUGUGCAUGCUUGCUCAUAUGGGUCUGCAUGCUUGGUCACAUGGGUCUGCAUGCUUGGUCACAUGGGUCUGCAUGCUUGGUCAUAUGGGUCUGCAUGCUUGAUCACAUGGGUCUGCAUGCUUGUCACAUGGGUCUGCAUGCAUGGACAGACUGCCUGCAGGAACCAGUCUCAGUUUUUAUACACACAUUUUAGUGUUCUUUUUUUAUAAAUGAUUAUAAGAUUGAUAUCAUUUUUAAUCUUAACACAUUAUUUGAUAAGAACAUUUUAUCCAACCCUUUGUUUUAAAUAACAUUUAUUUGUUAAAUCUUCUAAGUUAAGCUUUCAUUAUUUGAUUUGGCUUAAGCAUGUUGGUUGGUUGAGCAGUGAAGAUAGUUUAUCAGAUGACCGACACAGUUGCCUCCCUGUGUGUGACUUGGUUGUUGUACCUCAUCUAUGUCUGCUUGGUCAAGGACAUCAAAUGUACACCAUAUUUAUUUUCAUUAUGCAUAAUAUCAGAUAUCGAUGGAUCUUUAACUGAAGCAGCAUCCUGACAUAGUCCUACUACAAGUUAUUAUGUGUACAGAAGCUUCUAUAUAUUUGUAGCCUGUUUAUAUAGGAUAGUCUCAUUGUUGCUUUACAAACAGAUUGGUGCUGUGUAAGGGUUCCCAUAUUGUCCGCAAAUAUAUAUGCUAAUAAGGGCAACAAAAUAGAAUUUCACACAAUUUUGCAAAUAAUUUAGAUGGGUGAAUUUUACUUAUUGUUUUUGUUUUUUAAUGAAAUGUUUUAGGUAAAUGUGUAUAUAUGACUGUUGGCUGAUGUGCAGCACAUCUUGCCAAGUUAAGUUCGAACAGACACGGAAUGGCAAGUGUUAAUCAGCAACUCUUACAGAAUGGUCAACUUUAUAAGUUGCCAAUUUGUCACAGUAUCCUGCUCAUUGCUGAUUGUUGUGACACAUGUCUGUGGUGGUAUUCAAAAGGUAACAACUAAGGCAACACAAACAGUGCUCUUCUUCAUCUGUAGGUACUUUGGGACAAUUAGUUCAUGGGAAGUAGGGUGUUUUCGUGGUGAGAUGUAUCAAUAAGUUACUUUUGGCUCUGCAGACAAUUCAAGACAAUAAUGUUUGGUAAAUUUUGUAAAUACAAGGCAGAGUUUGUGUUGGGAGUACAGCGGGUGUAUUUCUUUCUUCAUUACCACACGAUAACAGAACAAUGUCCAUUCAAUCCUUGUGUUGUUGAGGCCUAUAUUUGUUGAUACCUUAAUGACUAUCUAUAUGUUUUCAAGUACAUAUUUGCUCCGCUAUGAGGGUUUUGUAACUUUUAUGUUCAUGAUGUCAAAUCUAAAUUGGUUUUACAACUAAAAGUGUUAUGGGUUAGACCCAGUUAGGAAGUUCUUGGCACAUUGUCUAAACUGUAUUAUCAGUGAGAUAGCUGGCCAUGCUAUCUCUUUUGUUAGUUAAAUACAAGAUUUCACACUAUUUUAUCACAAUAACUUGAUCCCUGAAUGAGUAAGGCUGACAUCUGACCACUGUUUCCCAGGUUUGGACUGCUAUAGUCAGUAGCAAGUGGAGAAGCUGAUAGUGCUUGUUACCACAGACGUUCAUAAUGUAGACAUUGAAUUUACUCAUUCAUUCUUGACGUCCAGUUUAUGGUCAAUCAUAUUUUGAGGGUUCCUUGCUCUGUUAUUGUCGAUGAUGGAUCAUUUCCUUGUUAUAUGGCUGAAACAAUGGGACCGUAGGACAUCUUCCUGUAAAAAAUCUCAAAUAGGGUAUCCGAACAAUCACUACGCAUUGGCCCCUGGGUCCGGUUAAACUUUAUCAAUGACUUAACUUAACUUGACUUCGUUACAUAAAACUAACAUUAAACAUAGUGUGUUCCCUUUACAGUAGGUAAUACCGGUAUAUCAUUGUUAGUUAAUUGCAUGUUUAAUACAAUAGUAUAGCAUGUCUGUUGUACUUGUAUUGCUAUGUCAGUUUUCAGUGUGGUGACAUCAUGACUUUGUAACCCAUGUAUCUCUAGUAACCAGAGGAACUAGCUGGUUUCAGCACCAACAUUCUUGUGACAUAGCGUUGUUUUGCUUCUCAGGAAUCUGUACAUGACAUCUCACUGACUGUGUUCAUCUUCCAUUGAAAUCCUUUUACAGCUAUUUUCAUUAAAAUAUAUUCUCAUA